CAGAACCAGCAAAAAUGGAAAGAAAGGAGUGCGUUUUUCUGGAUCGAAAUAGCUACUAUCAACAGCAUUCAGUUUCGUCAUCAACCUCCCGCCCAGUGCUAUUUUUGCUCCUGGGCAUCGGUAUUGGAUAUCUGAUAACCCAGGUCGUUCUCUGGCCUAUUAUUGACCUUAAAUCGCAUGCGAAUCGCACGACCGGAACGAAUCCACUCGACAUCGAUUUGAGCGAGGAAGUGCGAGUCCUGUGCUAUGUCCAUACAAAGCCCAGCAACCACAAGCCGCAGGCCCAGGCCGUUCUGGAAACCUGGGGCAGGAGGUGCAACAAGCUGAUCUUCUUCAGCAGCCGGAACGACACCAAUCUCAAGGGAUCCGUGGCCCUGCCCGCCGCCAAUGCCAACUUCCGUGAGACGUGGCGGAAAACGAAGGCCGCGCUGAAGUACCUCUACGAGCAGCACUUGAACGAUGCCGACUGGUUUCUGGAGGCCGACGAUGAGACCUAUGUGCUGAUGGAGAAUCUGCGGUACAUGGUCUAUCCGUACAGCCCAGAGUUGGCCAUCUACUUCGGAUACCCGGGCACUGUGAUGAGUCGUGCUGCACUGCGUCGCUUCGUGGAGGUAUCCCUGCCAAACCCAUCGAAGUGCGAGCCAAAGGACGCGGGUCCCACGGGCGGGAAACUGAAGGAGUGCCUCGAGAACGCCAAUGUGAUGGCGGGAAACUCUUGCGAUUCCGAAGGACGCAGACGGAUGUAUCUCGUUGAGCCACAGGCCAGAUCCAAUAUGUACCUUCGCUACGAUCCCAAGUUCUGGUUCUGGAAAUUCCUCGCCUACAGGACCCAAGAUGGAAUAUUUUCUUGGUCCAACUAUGCUGUUUCGUUUCACUACGUUCAACAUCGCUACAUGCAUUGUUUCGAGUAUAUGAUCUAUAGAUUAAGGGCUUUUGGACGGAGGCUUCCAGUGGAGUCCCUGCCAGUCAAGUAUGGCACUACAGUGAAGAAGGACAUUAAAGGAUAUCAACCACAAAAUAUUGAGGAAGAUGUGGCAGUGAACUAUGCCUAUUGAAGACCUUUAAUUAAUUUUUGCCUUACAUAAAACACAUACUUUUGAAAAGGUCUUAAAA